UAGAUAAUCUUGGCUCGAUCGACAAUAAUUCAAAAUGAUGAAAAGCUUAUUAAUUCUUGUCGUUGCAGUUGGCUGUGCUUCUGCUCAGUACAAUCUAAAUCCCAAAGACGUCCGAAGCGACAACCCGUCGCCUUCCUUUGAGGUCGAACAAGCUGAUGAACGAUUUAUUAAAACAGUCUCUUUGACCUUAACGACCACGACGACCACAACAACUUCGACGACAACAGCAACGUGCACCACGUCCACAGGUGGACUUUCUGUUUGCACAGCCUCCGGAAGACGGCGUCGUGGUCUCCAUCUCAGCGGAAACAAGGAAGGCCGUGGACUCUUCUACAACGAAAAUGAAACUGAAAGCGAAGACGGAACCAUUUUCCUUCCAUCACCCAUCAAGGAAGAAGUUCAACCUGUGAAAUCAGUACCUGAAUCCAUCCGCGAAACACGCGAAGCCCCAGUACCAAUCCCGUUCGUCGUUCAGCCCGGAUUUAAUGCUCCUGCUGGCCAAGGACGUGUGUUGCUCUAUUUCGGCACAUCGACAGUCACGACCACAACAACGACAACAACGACAACGUCGUUGACUGCCAUUUGCCGCAGCACCACCGGAUAUCCAGUGUGCGGAUCCACUGGCAAAUAAAUCGUUUCCUGAAUUCUUGCUCGACGUUUGCGAAACUGAAUCAA